GAAACGCCCGGGGAAAAAAAGGCACAGGCCGCGCGCGCGUGCAGACGUGUAGUCACAGGUAGGCAUCGCGCGAAAGGAGGGCGAGGCGACGACGGUGACCGGGGCUUCUCCCGCACACACGGUGGUGUCUCUUUUUUUAGGCAGCAAGCAAGGGGGUCCGGCAAAGAGCCAAAGACUGCAUCGACGACUCGCCUCCUCCUCCUCCUUCCCCUGGCUUGUCUUCUUGCCUCUCCCAUUGCCUCGCACUCGAGCUACUUCGCUUGCCCAACCGUUUCGCUAGCUGGUCCCGAGUAGCCAUUGGACUUGAACAUUUGGGAAGUUGCAGAGAGAUUGCAUCAAGCAGUAGGAUUGUAGCUAGCCAGUAGGCUGGAAGCUGCGGCAUGGGGACGAGGAGGCGGCUGGAUGCUGCUGCCAUCGCUGGGCUCCUCCAAGUGUUCCUCUUCCACUUCGCAACGCCGCAGUCGUUCAUCGGAGUCAACUAUGGGACGAUAGCUGACAAUCUCCCGCCGGCGGCGUCGACGGCCAACCUCCUGAAGUCAACGUCUAUCGGCAAGGUCCGCCUGUACGAGCCCCAGCCGGACCUCGUUGCGGCGCUCGCGGGCUCCAGCAUCUCCAUCCUCCUCGGCGUCCCUAACGCCGACGUCCCGAACCUCGCGUCCUCCCCGGCGGCAGCGGCAUCCUGGGCUGCAGCGAACAUCCCGACCACGGUGCCCGUCUCCGCCAUCUCCGUCGGGAAUGAGCUGCUCAACUCCGGCGAUCCCAGCCUUGCACCACAGCUCCUCCCGGCCAUGCAGAACCUCCUCGCCGCGCUCCCCGCUGGCUCAACCACCAAGAUCUCCACGGUGCAUUCCAUGGCGGUGCUCUCGUCGUCGGACCCGCCGUCCUCCGGCGCGUUCCACGCGGACCUCGCCGGCAGUCUGGACCCGGUGCUGGACUUCCUUCACCAGAACGGCGCGCCGUUCAUGAUCAACCCGUACCCGUACUUCGCCUACGCCUCCGACACGCGGCCGGAGACGCUGGCGUUCUGCCUGUUCCAGCCGAACCCCGGCCGCGUCGACGCCGCGUCCGGGCUCACCUACACCAACAUGUUCGACGCGCAGCUGGACGCGAUCCGCGCGGCGCUGGACGCCAAGGGGUACAGCGGCGUGGACAUCGUCAUCGCCGAGACCGGGUGGCCGUACAAGGGCGACGCCGACGAGGCCGGCGCCACGGUGGACAACGCCAAGGCGUACAACGGCAACCUCGUCGCGCACCUCAAGUCGCAGGUCGGCACGCCGCGGACGCCCGGCAAGUCGGUGGACACGUACAUCUUCGCGCUCUACGACGAGGACCUGAAGGGCGGGCCGGAGUCGGAGCGGUCUUUCGGGCUGUACCGGAGUGACCUGACGGCGAACUACGACAUCGGGCUCGCGGCCGCUCCCGGCACGGCGGCUCCGGCCACUAUCACUCCAGUUACGGUGCAGAGCACACCGCAGCCGAGCAGGGGGAUGACUCCGACGGGGUUCUGUGUGACGGCGGCCGGUGUGCCUGGGACGACGCAGGGGCAGCAAGUGCCACAGACCAGCUCGUGCUACCUUCCGGCAGGCGCUGUUUCGCGGCGAGCUGACGCUGCUGUGCGUCGACUUGUUUGGCUUGGGGUGUUUCUGUGCCUGGUGACGUUAGUCCACAAGUAGAUGUCUGCAUAGACAGCAUAGAUACUUUUCAUCUGCUAAAAAGCAAUGGACACAUACUCCACAUACUUUUGUAACCAACUUGGAAUCAUUGUGCAUAUGAACAUAACACUAGUUAAUAUUUCUGUGAAGUUGCACAUAUCGAAUGGUUAAGCUUUCAGUUA